AAGAAAAUCCUUGGAAAUCUCUUGGAUACACCCCUUAGGCGCGUGACUCAUCAUUUCACACACAUUUAUAUAUGACCUAAACCCCUCUCUUUUCGAAUUUUUGCGGAGAUCAAUUCCAAUCCUUGCUCUUCUUGUAAGCAUAAAGAUUUGAUUCUUGCACCUUUUUGGCUCUAAUUGCAUCGGUUUGUGUCGAGAUUCGAUUCGAAUUUGUGAUUGAGAUUUGAAUCUUGGAGCUUGUGGAUCUUUGUGAUGGAAGAAUCGGGUCAACAGGGUCCGGAUCGGGUCGUGCCCGUGUCGAAUUCCACCUCACCGGUUGCUGUUGAGAGUCAUUUUAGUCCUGAUAACCGGAUUGAACAGAUAUUGCAACCUAAAGAGGAUAAGGUUGUAUCAGCGAGUUCUCUAAAUACCACCAUUGCUGGGCCGCCAAGCAUUAUAACAGGCCCGCCAGAAAUCUUGGCUUCAAGUGGAGCACUUGCCACAUCCUACCAGCCCAAUGCAUAUGCUCCGCUAGAACAAAGUUUCUACUAUGGAGGUUACGAGAACAAUGCUGGUAACUGGGGGGAGUAUCCUAACUAUGUUAAUGCAAACAACUUGCAGAUAAUACCUCCAGCUAUGUUCAACGAUAAUUCCUCACUCUUUUAUCCUUCCGGCUAUAGCUUUGAUACACAAAUGGCCUAUGGCCAGUUUCCUCCUCUGGCCAGCCCAAUGUCCCCAUUUUUGGUUGAUGGUCAGCUGUACUCACCACAUCAAAUACCCAUGUCGCCGAAUUUUUAUCCGCAGUCAAUCUCUCCUGGACUGCCCCAUGUCGGAUCAUCUCAUUCAAUGUCUCAAACUGAGAUGGCGACCCCAGUAAGUACAGGUCAAGACAGUGUUAAUGAUAAUAUGCUUCUUGGACCAGGAUCUGGUUAUUACUUGCAUUUUGGAUCAUUUCCUGCUAGUAGUGCACCUGCAAACAGUAGCCUUGGCUUGUACAAGUAUCCAGGAGAGUUUGGAUCUGGUGAAAAUCCACUAAUUCGAUCGAAUUCCAACGACACGGGUAACAUUUUGUCUCCGUUGACCCCAGGAGCAGUUUACACCCAGCCUGUUGGCAUACUUGGAUCAUAUGACCACAGCCUGGCACAGGCUUCUCAGCAGCAAAUACCAUUUACAAGGCGCUAUCAUAAUAGUACAUCUUCUAGAAUGUCAAACUAUGGGAACUGGGAUGCUAGUCGCUCCAACCGAUUCACUCCUGAUAAAGGUGGAAGAAGGGAUAGGGACUCAAUCAGUAUUUCUGCUGAUUCACAUGGCAAUGCCAACGACCGUAAUCGAGGUCCAAGAGCAUUGAAGCCAAAAAUAAAAACUAGUACUGAAGAAAAGGCUGCACCUGGUGUUGCAAAAGCAGGCGCAUCGACUUCUGGAGUCAAUCUUGAUCUAUACAACCAACCAGAUUUUGUCACAGACUAUGAGCGAGCCAAGUUCUUUGUCAUCAAGUCUUUUAGUGAAGACAAUGUUCACAAAAGUAUUAAAUAUUGUGUUUGGGCCAGCACACCCCUUGGGAACAGGAAACUGGAUGCUGCCUUUCAAGAAGCUAAGGAUUCUAAUAGCAUAUACCCCGUUUUUCUCUUCUUCUCGGUUAAUGCUAGCGGGCAGUUCUGUGGUGUGGCUGAAAUGACUGGCCCUGUCGAUUUUGAGAAUGAUGCAGAUUACUGGCAGCAGGAUAGAUGGAGUGGGCAAUUUCCUGUCAAGUGGCAUAUAAUAAAAGAUAUACCAAAUGGUCGAUUUCGCCAUAUUCUUCUGGACAACAAUGAAAAUAAGCCCGUCACUCACAGCCGAGACUCUCAGGAGGUGAAGCUUGAACAAGGUCUUGCGAUGUUAAAAAUAUUCAAAGAGCAUGAAGCUGAUACAUCAAUGUUGGAUGAUUUUGUUUAUUAUGAUGAGAAGGAGCGUUCGUUGCAGGAAAAGAGAGCUAAACAGUCAAGUCCGGGCAAAAUACCUGAUGCUUCAAUAACUCAAUUAUCUGAGAACCUGGCUGGUACCCUUCAUCUGAAAGUCAUUGAAGACAAACAAAAGUAAUUUGUGGAGGCGAAGCCAAAUUAAUAGGUGGAAUUGAUGUAAGCUGGGUUUUGGCCAUUUAGGGAUAGAAAUACUAAGCAGCCAAAUGUUGCUACUUUAAGCAAAGAAAGCAAUGAGAGGGAGUAUUCUGCUUUUGUAUUUUCUGGUCAAUUAAGUUCAUCUGUACACUAAGUUUCUCUAUCUUUCACCUUCACCUUAGUUUCUUUUUCUUUUUUACUAUUAAUGAGCAUUACCCCGGCUAUCUGGGUAUUCUUGGCUAAAGAUUUGGGAGGAAAAGUAGGUACACAGUUAGACACCAUCAAGUUGGCUUGAUUCUGUACAAGCAUGAUAUUGAGGUGUUUGUAAGUUUAUUUUAUAUAUAUGAAUUCCAGUGCAGGGCAUUAAAAUUUGUGCUGCUGCAUAAAACUCAAAAGUAUCAGAGAGAUUCCCAUCUUUGAUUAAGAGAGCUUCAGUUUUCAA